CAGCCUCGACCCGGAGGUGAAGGCCAACGGAAACGGCGGCGGCAAGGGCAAGGUCUCCGGGGAGGCUCUGGCCGAAGCAGCCAGAGAGGGAGGAUUGGACUUUUAAUGGUCUAUGGUUUCGAUCAGCGAAAUAGGGAGGACCAGUCCGAUGGACAACUUACGGAAAGAGUCGUCAAGAUACGCCGUGUGACCAAGGUGGUCAAGGGAGGAAGGCGACGCGGUUUUAGCGUCAUGGUGGUAGUGGGAGAUGGCGAAGGCCGCGUGGGCAUUGGCUUGGGAAAGGCUGACGCUGUCCCUGACGCCGUGCGCAAGGGAGUGUCAAUCGCCAAGAAGAAUCUGAUAACUGUGUCGUUGAAGAACACGACCAUACCACAUGAGGUGUUGGCCAAUCACUGCGCCUCCUCGGUGCUGCUGAAGCCCGCCCCAUCCGGUACAGGAGUGAUAGCGGGAGGAGCUGUUCGUGCGGUAGUCGAGUUGGCAGGGAUACGCGACAUCCUCACCAAAUCCCUGGGUAGCGGCAACCCCAUAAACGUCGUAAGGGCUACCCUGGCAGGUCUGGAGCAGCUCAAGGAUCCGGUCGAGGAGGUGGCGAAGAGAAAGGGCGUUAGAAGGGAACAGGGAUAA